AAUCGCCUCAGUAUCCCCUCCUGAGCAAGUCUCCACUGAAUCACCUUGAAUCCACUGAAACUCGAGACGGGAGUAGCAUAUCACUGCUAGGUGUAGGUAGUCCCAAGGUAUUACGGAAUAGGAUCUACACUACUGAACUUAGCUUCGGCUGCAGCUUGUUUCACCAGGAUUGUAUGUGGAAAUUAGGAGAGACCGCUGCUGUAGUGGUAGGAGGAGGCUCUGGCGUGUUGUCAAGCGUCGCUUCAGACACGUCCAGGCCCUCGAACAACGUAUCCGCUCGAACGAGGUCGACCAGCCCGACUUCCACGUCACUCCGGCGACGACCGCAGCACCAGCGUCAGCAUUCCCAGUCAAGCUCGUCGUCAGUCGCCGCUUCAUUCCGUGCCGGCCAAACCCCAGCCAGCGACUGGCAAGGAGUAGCACUCAGCACAACAAAGUGGCGUUGCCGGGCCACCGUUCCGCACCAAGCCGCUGGUUCCAGGAACCGAGGUUCAGCUGAGGAUGAGUUGGACAUAGACAGCCUUGCAGAGGAAACCGCUGUCCUGCGAAUCACGAAUCACCACGUGGAUAUGGACCUAUCAGCAGACGACACAGCAUCAGGAGGCGAUAGCUUGCGAGCAGUCGCAUGGUCAGACGAUUGCGGAUCACAAGGGAUCGACGCAGAUGAUGCGAGUAAAAGGGACGGUAGAGCGGGUGAGCGGGUUUUGAACGGCAAUGCUUUAGGGAGAGAAGGCGGAGGGAAGAAGGAAGUGGGGGAGGAUGAGGUGGUGGACGGAGAGGAGCAAGGUGAAACGAGCCCACAGCCCAUACCAAGACCAUCGACAACAGAAGACCCCAAGAAACCAUACGAGUUUAAGAUUCUCAAGGAGGAGCUGAAGUUCUCACGCUACCUCAAUGUGUACAACCGGGUGGUAGAGCAUCCGCCCCAGCCGCUCCCCAAUGGCCAAACCCUCCCUGCCAGCAUGACCCGACCCGCCACGUCAACCGACGAGCAGCCGAUGGGCGGCGAUUGUCUGCUAGCUGAGGAGUUCGGUGUGACGGAGGAGAGGCCGGCGAAUUGUAGCGGACACUCGGGGGGGUGGAUAGGGUACGGGCUGGAGCUGGGGCAGGUGCAGGGGGGGCAGGGGGAGCAGCGGGCGGAGCUGUGGCCGCAGCAGGUGGUGGAGUAUGAUGUGGUGGCCGCCAAUACCAAGUCGUGCCACUUCGUGUGCGUGCUGCCUUUCCAUUCCAAGACCAAGACCGUUACUUUAUUGAAGGAAUAUGCACAGGGAGCCAACGCCCUGGUGUACACAGUGCCCUGUGGGGGCUACACUGACAACCACACGUCCCUUGAGGACUGUGCCAGGAGAGAACUGUCAGAGGAGGCCAAGCUGUGUGGAGGGCAGCUAAUUAAGCUCGUGGGAGAUGACCACCCAGGCCUACUUGAGGUUAAGUGGUGCAAGAACCGUUUCACUCCGUUCCUCGUCAUCGACCCUCAAGACGACGCUGACCCCCUACCCCGAGAUCUGGAGGAGUUCAUAGAGGUGCACCGCGUGCCCGUGGACGACCUGCAGGGCAUGGCGUUGGGGGGCGACAUGCUGCUGCCCUCCGUGGUCACGUGCACCAUGGCACUACAGUACCUCAAGGACCAUGGCUGGCUGUGACUGAAACAACUGUGACUAUAACAAGUAUGGGCGUAUUGGUGGGAGCUGGCGCUAGGGGGAGAGAUGAUGUGACUAGGGUCGGCUGUGACUAACAGGCUCAAAGUCUACAGUGCAUGAUGGUCAGGUUACUAUGGGCAAAUUUGCACAGCCAUUUUCUGGCUGGACUGAAUUCCUCUCCGCAUGAAAAAUGCUGCUGUAAUAUGUGGAUUGCUCCUGUACGUUGUGUGUUGCCGGGGCACAGCUGGGGCAUUGGGAGAGUAAAUGGAGGUUUGAAAGGUGCUGAGCUGUCAAGGCGAAGCACCGCGAGUUGUCGCUUGCUUUGUCCCUAUGUGCAUUUCUCCAGUUUAUGCACUGUAACAGCCUACCUGCCACAUAGCUGUUUAAAAUUUGUAGACUAGCAAGCUACAGAUGUACUUGCUUAAGCCUUAUUAUUACAU